CAAUUAUGUCAUCCAACACAAAAAUUAUAUAGUCUGUCAAAGUAUAAUUCUUUUAGCAUUUAUUUUCAACACCAAAUUCCCAUUUUUUUGUGGCCAAGAAACUUCGGUGUUGGCAUGCGAAUCUCGAUAUGGAUUGCCGCCCCUCGAAAAAAGAUAGUAUCUUUAAAAGUUUUAAGCACUCUUCUCAGUUCAAAGAUGGCAACUUUAUUUUUCCCCAAUAUUUUUGUGGAGGUGAUAAAAAUAUCAACAAGCAACAUUUCCCAUAUAAGAUCACAGCUUAAUUAAGUGAAUAUUCUUGCUUCUGAGAAUGCUCUAGUCUUUUCUGACGGAACUGUUGUAACAUUGAGGUGUAAACCAUGACAACUAAGUUGACGAAACUGUUCUAUUGGCACUAUGGAGUAAGUGGCUGCUAAUGAUAUAGGAGAGAUUAAGAUGGACAGUUCAGACUUGCCACUGAAGCAGGAGGAUUUCCCCGUGUUGGCUCCGCCAGUCAUUUAUGGUUCAGUUGGAGGUCAAUUGCAGGGGACUUCAGAUCAAAAUUGUACAGAUACAGUAGAAAGCAAUAGUUCAGAGCAAUGUGGGAUAACACUCUCAGGUUUGGAGGCGCCUUGUGCCAUUUCACUGUCAACUGAGCAAACAGGCCAUGUGGUCAAGAAUUUGAAAUUUGAAACAUUCACUGACCAUGUCUUAGAUGUAGCCAAAUAUUCAUGUAGUAAAGAUGUGAAUUUAAGAAAGGGGCAGUGGCCACACUUGUAUCAGAUGGUUGGUGGCCCUAAGCAUACAGGUUCUACAGGAGAUCCACUCUCAAGAGCUAAGGAUAAGCUUAUAGUUAGCAAUAGAGAGAAUUCCAGGAGAAGUGAUAUUGAUGCAUGGAAUAUGAGGUGUGUGAAGACCAAAAAUGUUGAUGAGACAAGAAAAUUGUGUGUUGAUGCGAUGCAGGGAAAGAAUCUCAAUCCGGAAAGUGCAUUGCUUCCUCAGGAUGCGAGGUUGAGAAUGUUAUCCACAUCAAGUUUCUCUCAUUUUUUUGGGAAAAAAAACACAAAGGGUAAAGGGGUCAUCCAUGAAUUAGGAGAUAAGAUUCACAAGACAAACAUGGAUAGUGGUGGUAAUUUGGAGAGUAAUGGAAGGAUUUUAACUACUGCAGGCAUGAGUUCUGAUGUUCAUAUGCAACAUUGCAGCAGUGAAAUUGUAAACCAUGCUGGAGUCAACUUGAGAGAAUGGCUCAAGCCUGGGCGUGUGAAGAACAAAGUUGAGAGCCUUAAUAUUUUCAGGCAAAUCGCUGAGCUUGUAAGUUCGACACAUUCGCAAGGUGUUGUUUUGCAACAAUUACGGCCAUCGUAUAUUAUUAUAAUGCCAUCAAACAAGUUGAAGUACAUUGGUUCAUCAACCCAGAUUGACUUGCAUGUUCCACAGUAUUUGGCUGGAUGUAAGAAAAGGCCUCCACAAGAAGAUAUUAAUGCCUUUUGUUUCUCUGACAUGAAGCAGCAGAAACUCAUGAAAGACAUGGAAGUCCAGAAUCAUUCAUUGUCCGCGAAUCAUUCAUUGUCCGCCACCUUUCUAACUGAAGUUAGGAAUAAUGCAGUUCGAGAUACUGAAAAUGAUAUAGGUAGCUCUUCUGGCUCUUAUAAUUCUGAGAACAUGGCUUUGAGCACGGAAAGCUAUCAGGCUAAUAAAUUGGAGAAGUCUCGUCUGACAGAUAUUAAGCUGGAGGAAAUGUGGUAUGCUUGUCCCGAGGAGCUUGAUGAGAAGGCCUGCAAAUUUUCAUCUAAUAUUUAUUGUCUUGGACUGCUGCUUUUUGAGUUGGUCUGCUCUUUUGAUUCAUUGGAGACACAUUCUGCUGCGAUGUUUGACAUGCACCAUCGGAUACUGCCACCAUUAUUUUUGUCUGAAAGCCCAAAGGAAGCUGGAUUUUGCCUGUGGCUUAUCCAUCCUCACCCAGCAUCUCGUCCAACAAUCAGAGAAGUCCUUCUUUCUGACCUUUUAUGCGAAGCCCAAGAGUUAAAAUCAAGUGAUGAGUUGGCAGUGUUUACUGAUGAUGUUGGUAUGGCUGAGUCAGAGCUUCUGCUGCAUUUUCUAGUUUCUUUGAAAGAGAAGAAGCAAGACCAUGCAAUGAAGUUAGUUGAGGAAAUUAGAUGCAUGGAAGCUGAUAUAAAAAAUUUACUAGGGAAGCCAUCCCUUAAAGCAUGCCCGCUUCAUGCAAAAAGGGACUACAAUCUUGAAGAUUUUAUUAAGUCGAUUGCUAGAUCGGGUACUAAUGAGGAUAGAUUAAGAAACGAUAUCUCACAGCUUGAAAAGGCUUACUUUUCACUACGAAGCCAAAGUACUGUAACAACUGGCGCUGGUCGUGCUGAUAGGGACUUGCUGAAGCAGAGGGAAACUUGGUCUCAGGUGCAAAAGCAGAACGAAAUGUUAAGCAAAAACCAGAAAUCUGCUAGUGGGCUGGAUGCUUUUUUUGAAGGUCUGUGCAAAUUUACUUGCUAUAGCAAAUUUGAGCUGCGUGGAACUUUAAGGAACGCUGAUCUUCUGAACUCGGCCAAUGUUAUAUGCUCUCUGAGCUUUGAUCGUGAAGAAGAAUACAUUGCUGUUGCUGGAGCUUCCAAAAAAAUAAAGAUAUUUGAGUAUUCAGCUCUCGUAAAUGACACUAUUGAUAUCCAUUAUCCUGUGAUUGAGAUGGGAAAUAAAUCCAAGCUUAGCUCUAUUUCAUGGAACAGCUACAUCAGGAACUAUUUGGCUUCAACUGACUAUGAUGGUGUUGUCCAGGUGUGGGAUGCAAGCACUGGGGUGGCUUAUUCUCAACACAUAGAACAUCAGAAAAGGGCUUGGUCAAUUGACUUCUCUCGAGUUGAUCCAACAAAGUUCGCCAGUGGAAGUGAUGAUUGCUCUGUGAAACUCUGGUGCACUAAUGAAAAGAGAUCGACGUGUACCAUCUGGAGUCCUGCCAACGUGUGCUGCGUACAGUUCUCCCCUUACUCUUCUCAUCUUUUGAUGUUUGGUUCUGCUGACCAUAAGAUUUAUGGUUAUGAUCUUCGGCACAUGAGAAUCCCUUGGUGUACAUUGGCUGGUCAUGAGAAGACUGUUAGCUAUGUCAAAUUUAUAGAUUCUGAAACACUUGUCUCUGCUUCAACAGACAAUACAUUGAAGCUCUGGGAUCUUAGCAAAACAAGCUUAUCUGGGGUGUCCUCAGAUGCUUGUCAUUUAACCUUUAGUGGUCAUACUAAUAAGAAGCAUUUUGUAGGUUUGUCUGUUUCGGAUGGAUACAUAGCAUGUGGUUCAGAAAGCAACGAGGUUUUUACUUACUACAGAUCCCUGCCAAUGCCAAUCACCUCUUGCAAACUUAGUUCAAUUUAUCCAACUUCUCUUCAUGACAUCAAGGAGGAUGAUGGACUUUUUGUAUCAAGCGUCUGUUGGAGAAGCAAAUCGAACACUGUCCUUGCUGCUAACUCAAGCGGAAGCGUAAGGUUAUUACAGCUGGUAUGAUCAACUUCUAAAGAAAACAAAUUCGUCAUCAGUGCCAAUCCCCUAUCGAGUAUGAUUACUGCUAGUCAAUGGUGGAUAAAUAUUGAAUAAGCAGCAGCAAACAAAUCAAGAGGACCUAGAGAAGCAAGAUCUAUUAGACAAUCAAUGGAAGAGACUCAUAAAGGUCACAAUUAUUGAAAGGAAUUUGUGCAGAGGAGUUAGGGGAUAGAGAUUGAUUUCCUUUAGGUUUGGAUGCUAUUACAGAGUGAGUGAUCUUCCAUCGGAUGAAAGACUUGUCACUGGAGACAAGUGAAAUGGAGAAGUUUUACUGUUCUGGUGGCUCAAAGGAGACAAAAGAAGUGUUCUUGAUUUAAGUUUCCUUUAUGGUGAUCCAUCUAUGAUCCUUUCAUCUCAGAUAAGAACAGGAUAGAUCGGGAGUAUAUGGAUGGAGUGAAAAUCUCUCUAAAGUCUUCUCUUUUCCGUUAGAUAAGAGUGUUUUGUGGGCUCUGUCUUCAGCUAUCUGCUCCAGAAAGCUUCUCUGAUGUCCAGCAAUGUGGAAGGUCAUCUCUUUUCUUUGUUGCCCACUAGAUUUGUAUAUCGUCAGGCUCUCCUCCCUCGGAAGCCUGUUUGUGCAGACCCAUUGAAGAUUGAUCAUGAUUAGGAGCGGGGUGGGGGUGGGGUGGACUUGUUGUGAACUUAGAUUCAGAAAGCACUUAGAAAGCAACAAUUAACAAUGGCAUAUACGAUGAGUUGAUAUAUUGAGAAGGUUUACGAUGCUCUAUAUUGUUCAGCUACUUACUUUUGCUGUUUUCAGGCCUACAUGUAGCUGUAGCUUAGAUGUUUUGGAAAAGUUAUGAGAUGGUGUACUACAGCUCUACUUGCUCAUCUCACAAUGCUGACCUGUAUAGGGCCCUAGCAUAGUUUGCAUAAAGCUUAUGAUAGCUCAGAGUCUGAUGCAUGACCAGACUUCCUUCGGAUCCGUGGUGGACUCGCAAGAAGCGCGUGGUUAUCGGGUAUUAAGUGCAUGCUACGUGAACUGCGUAGAAGUUGAGGUGGCCUUGGAGAUCGUCCUUUUGGUGUUCCUGCAAUACCAAAUACAAUAUGUUUUGGAUUCUUCUUUUCCACGACGGAUAUAAGAGUCUCAUUUGCUGUCGUCAUGUGCUCAUCUCCAGACGUAUAAGCUACUUCACUGCCAGAUUCUGAGGAGGAUAUGGUUCGCUGUUUAUCCAAGAAGGAAAUCUCUUUAGAAACCCUGACUCGAUAUCACAGUAAUCAACGAGAGGAACAGGAUUAUUUGGGUGGCUGUACUCUGGGUUCAUCAUAAGAAACCGUUUUAUAUACCGGAGUAUCCGGCAAAUGGACGGGAAAGUGGGACGUUGAUCCGGGUCAGAAUGCCAACAUCUUCUAGUUAAGUUUGUUACAUAUUUCGGGCAAUGAUGCGGGAAAAGUGGCCUUUCCCCGGCCCUAAUGUUUCUGCUCAUCUUGUCUCCUUGAAGAUGUGCAUCUUCAAAAGGGACUUUUCCUGUCAGAAGCUCAAAACAUAUCAUACCAAAGCUAUACACAUCAGAUUUUUCUGUGUACUUUGCCUCUGGUACACCUUUUAACUCCUCUUGCUCCGUUAAUACUUCUGGGGAAUGCCAGAUGUAUGAAACUUCUUCACUUAGGUUUUGAUUCUUGCUCGUCAGUGUUGAUAACCCAAAUCUUGUAACCUUAACAUGAACAAACCCCUCUGAAGAAUUGUUUCUUGGUUUAGUAAGAAUGUUUGACGGUUUCAAAUCCCCAUGAUAUAUUUUCUUCGAGUGAAGAUACUCCAUCCCUCUUGCAAUCUGAAGCAUUACAUCAACUGCAACAGGAAGCGAAAGUGGAAGUCGCUUCCUCGGGUUAUAAAAUUCCUUAACAUGGAUCCCGAGAUUCCUGCUCAUUUGCUCUGUAACCAAGAAACACUCUUUCUUUUCAUCAUCCACGAAACCACAAAGAAACUGUAGUAUAUUUGGGUGGGAAAGGGAUAAUAGUUGAGAUAUCUCGGGAAUCAAAGACUCAAUAUCCCCUUUGAUGUGUCGAAGAACAAAGGUUUCGCCUAACCAGGAGAUUUCUUUGUAUUCCCCUCCAUUCUCCAGCCUCUUUCUAACUUGGUAGUCUUUUGAAGUUUGCAAGACUGAGCUUGGUAAAAGCUUUUCAUUCAAGAACCCUGCCUCAUCCAAGUUCUUCAAAAGAAGAUUCAUUAAUUGUUGAUCAUACUUUGUUGAUCCAGGUAUUCUUUUUCCCCGGAUUUUAUCUAGUAAAAUCCAUCGAUCUUCUUUCCAUAUUUCAUCAGUCCGAUUACAUAUUUCUGCUGUAAUCAAAUAUUGUUUCCCGAAUUUCCAUUGGAAGAGUUUCUGGUCAACCCAUUCAUUCUGGUAUUUCCUUGACCACACGAGUCUCCUUUUAUUGAUUUGAUCCUCAUCCCCACUGGAUAACUGAGCUGCAGUUUCAAUUGCUUCAAUCACAAUCGGAAUGCAGGAAAACAGGUUAUGAAUAUGGAAUUCGACACAAUCUCGAUUUUGGUACAAAAUUAUGGCUUUGGCCCACCAAUCCUUGUUUUCGAAGCAGUUUCGAACGUAUGUCUCAGUUUCCUGGAAUAUCUUGUGGAGCUCCUGCAAGGGUUGUUCUAGAACUCUCCAAUUUCUGUUCUUUUCUUCAAAUUUUAAGUUGAUUCUCAUUUCAUCAGCAAUUGUCUCAUAAGCCAAGGUAAGAAUAUCAAGGAGAAAACAGCAUUGCCUUUGAUUGAUCUGAAUAUUCUGCUGGAAUACCAUCAAUGCCUUUAAACCUCCGAGAACUUCGCCAACCUGCCGGAAUUGCUCCAUUCCUGUGAGAUUCUGAAAAAAUGGGGCGUGCUCUUACGACAUCUGAAGGCUCGUGAAUUGUUUGAUCUUCGCGCCAGCAUUAGAACUUGCAUUAGAGUUCUUAUGGGUAGAGGGAGCUAAAUUAUGGGUAGAGUUCUUCUGAGGAUUUUGUUUCUGUAAAGCUGGCUUUGGGAGAAAUCCAAAAAUAUUAACCAAAACUGCUUAAUACCAUGUACAGAAGUUUCCUGUAUCUUUAACAAACGUCAAGUAAAACAUGCAGGAUAAAUUGAUGUUGCAACUGUCUUUCCAGAAUAACAAGAAAUUAUCGAUCCAUAUUGUUCAAUUUUAUCUA